UUGUAUAUAUCCCGACGUCGGCAACUAGGAAAAAUAGUUAGCUAAGCUUAUCUCCACAGAUGGUGGCAAUAGGGAGUAGUGUUAUAUUGUAGUGCGAAAUAGUAAAACGCUAACAGUAUUCAUGAAUUUGCUCACAUAAUUCUUCGCACACUGUCCAGAUAAUAACCUCUUAACAAAUUAAAAGCGCAUUUUCAUCGAGUUUCGGUGCAUUAAAUGGAGGAGAAGAAGGAAGACGGAGACUCGGAGAUACAGGAACACGGACCCGAGCACUGGUUCUCAAAAUGGGAGCGGCAGUGUUUGGCCGAAGCGGAGCAAAGGGAGCCGAGCGAGGAGGAGGCCGACAACGACCAGGAUAAACUGUGGCAUCUCUUCCAGAACUCCGCCACUGCUGUGGCACAGUUAUACAAAGACAGAGUAUGCCAUCAGCAGGGCCUGUCAUUGUGGGUGCCAUUUCAGAACUCUGCUACAGCAGUAACCAACCUCUACAAAGAGAGUGUGGAGGCCCAUCAGAGAAGCUUCGAUCGGGGCAUUCAGAUAGGCCACCAACGCCGUAAUAAGGACAUGUUGGCCUGGGUGAAAAAGCGCCGGCGAACCAUCCGGAGGGAGGAUCUUAUAAGCUUUCUGUGUGGCAAAGCACCACCACACAGGAGUAGCAGGGCCAAUCCUCGGCUGGCCAUGGUGGCCCCCAGCCGGGCUAAUUCACCAGCUGAGACUGGCUCAUCUGUGGAGGCAGACCUUCAGCCCUUCAGGGAGGCCAUAGCACUGCAUGGUCUGAGUGGAGCCAUGGCGAGUAUCAGCGUGCGCUCUGGUGCUCCGGGGUCCCCCACACACGUGAGCGGGAGCAGCAGUAACGGAGGUGGUGCUGGUGGAGGUGGAUCUUCCGGCUCAGGGCCGGUGUGCCGCAGCAGGCGCAACGGGCUCCAAGACGUCGACCUGAACACUUUCAUCUCAGAGGAGAUGGCACUGCAUCUGGACUCUACAGGCUCCGCCUCUGCCGGAGGGGGAGGGACCAGGAAACGAAACUCCACCCAGUGUAGUGAUGUCAUCACAGACUCCCCUACACACAAACGCAACAGGAUGAUCUGAUCUGCUGCCUGCCUAUGUGUGUGAGGGGGUUGGAGGAGGAGCCUUCAAAGCCAAGGCUGAGAGAGGGGGACGGAUGGGCUUAUGUGGGACAGAUGCGCAGACGGACAGACGGACGUUCGGAUGCCUGGCUGUGCAAAAGAACCCGGUCUGAAAAUGAAAACAGGGACUGAAGGUCUCGGUAGGGUCUAUUCAGAUGAUGAACGAAUUCUAUUCCUUGUCUCCUUUCCCCUACACUAUUACUACAAAUCACCAAUCUGCAAUCAGAACACUUGAUGACGGUGUGUGCGGGUGGCUGGGAGGUCUGGACGACAUCACACACUCCUCAGACAUCGCCGCCCCGGAAAGGAGACAACGAAGGAAGUCCCCAAGUCAUCCUGGGAUGCAGACAGUUCUCAAAUGGGUGACAAUGCACUGUGCUGCUCGACAAGUAAAAGCCACUUGAUCCUUGACACAUUUGUGCCCUUCCCUCCCUUAACCUCACCCAUCCUCACCCACCACCUUAAUAAGGAAGUGAGGGCCAUGAUCAAAUCGUCUCACUCAGUGAAUCAAGUUGUUCGCCAAAUGUUGGACCCACCUCUGUCAGAGACUCACCUCUGCAUCAAACGACCCCCCCCCCCCCCCCGUUCUUUCUGUUACUUCCUCAUUGUAGUUGACGUUGCCUGUCAGUGGUGGAGCUGAAUCGCCCAGUAGGAGUGCACCUGUGGCAUCGUCCCGCCUCACCCACUGCCUGUAACCAGUUACAUCUCUCUGGCUACUAGGUUGACGCCAUGUGACUACCAGUAGCAGGCCACUGAUGUUUGGACAUUAAGACCUUAUUCUCGGCUAACUUCUCUGCUUCAACAGUGGCUUGAUUUAGUCCAGCCAGUCACCCCUUUUUUGUUUUUAGUUCCUCACCCACCAGUGUUAAAAGUCUAGGUUUGUUGCCACUGUUUGCAGCAGUGAUAGCCAAGUUAAUUUUUGUUCUUUCAUCACCUUUUUUUUUUUUUUUUUUUUUUCGGGGAUAAUGGAAAGGAAUUUUUUUUUGUGUAUACAGCUUCUCAGACAGCGUGUUUGCUGACUGCGGUGCCCUCUCCCCCCUUUACCCUAGUCUUAUUACGAAAGCAGCUGCUGUUUUAUGUGAUCUUGUGAUUAUUCUGAUGAGUUGCAAUAAGGAUUUUUGCACUUAGCUUUCACUUCUAACUCAUGCAAACAAAUCGGCUCUUCCAUUGUAUCCCAGUUGUAGCCUUGUCCAACCCUAAAUCUACCCACUUGUGGUUGGUCCACACAUUACUUACCGGUUGGUGCUUAGAAAAAGUAAACACUUGGUAUGAUUAGACAUGGAGCUCGCGCGCACACCUCUGGUUCCAACAACUCUUCAAAAGUUGUUUGAUCAAGUUGUGGAGCGUUACCGCGCGUGGGCUCUACUCGUGUUGAGUCCUUCCCCGUCUGACAAAAUGAUUUCACUUAUCCGAAGAUGAUCAGUGCCGUAAAGAAAGCAUAAAUCACAGAAAUGUUCUUGCAAGGGUAGUGUUGCUCAACAGACCCACCAAACAUGCCAGCCAGCACACACUAGGCUCUGGGUAAUUAGGCUUGCGUUGGAUUGGGAGUUGGGACACGGCCUGCUUUUUGUAUAAGGGAUGUGUGCAUUAAUAAGACGUGGAUGGGUUUGAUUUUUACUUGGUACAGGAUGGUGCAACUCGGGGCUUGUUUCAUUCUUGAAAUGGUCGUUGCUUUCCAUCCUUCUGUAAGGGAGUCGAGCAGGAGACACUGGUAUCACACGAGUCAGAAAUGUGGGUAUAUUUAGCAUUUUGUAAAGUAAUGUGAACUGGUACUGUAUUUUUGGCUUAUUUUAGGGAUUUAAUGAAUUAUUGGAGUUAAAUCUAAGCUUGUCUGUGGGCGUAAUAAACUCAAUUGUUGGAAUAUGCUUUCCUUUAGCAUAGGAAGCUAACAAAGUGUAAGUGAUUUAAAAAAAAUCUUGAGUUGUCUAGUAAUUAAACAAAUUCUCAAUAUUUCCAGUGAUACCCUGCCGUAGUAGUGAUACAGUAAAAUGUGAGAGAGUUGGCUGGGGCGUAAACCCCACCAGCUGCACCUGUAGCUGACUUGUGGGAUGUCAAUGUUUCCUUCUCCUUUUCCACUUUUUUGUUAACUUGUUCACUCCCGUUCACCUUUAUGACCUGGAAAGUGGGGUUUCUUUUGUUGUAUAAAGCAUGCCAGUUUUUAACUUCUGUUACAUUUUGGUCACAGAUUUCAUUUUUGCGUUAUAGGUUGGCUUUUAUAUUCAUACAUGAUUACUGGCUUGUCGGUGAAAGAAAAGAACCAGGCUGAGAUUUGUUAAGAGUUGUGCAUUCAGGAGUUUCUCCUUGCAAACCACUGAAUUAGACUGAUGAAAAUAUAAACCUCGUAUUAAGGGAGAUUUUAUUUGCCUACAAAGAGUAUUUGAUUACUGUGAAAGAGGGCCAACGAGUAAUUCAUGUUGAGGCCAAGUUGGUCUCUAAAAAUUAAUCUUUUGCAAAGAAAAAAAAAAAAAGCAAAUGUCUUGAAAGUUCUGGUUAGCUUCAGCUAUCACAGGUCUGAUGAAUAAUGUAACAUAGGAAGGAUCCAUGUUUCUUGAAUAGGAACUUCGCCCUAAAAGUCACACUUAGUGUCCGUCAGAGUCUUAGGCUCUGGGACCUCGCAGAGUGCUCAUGGAAGGAUAUGGUGUCAGGGCCGACAGAGGAUUGGAGAUGAACUGACCUGAUAGCCCGUCCACACGCUCUUCAUUAAAUCAGAAGAAUGCAUUUAGAAUAUUUUAGUUUUCUUUCUCCAGACACCGGACAUCACUAUUUUGUGUCUUAACACUCCACAUUGGCUGAAACCAAAUGGUGUGUUUGGUUACAAAAGAGUAGUUACAACCUCCAUGUGUGUCUGUUGCAUGACAACAUGUCAGUUACAGGGAAUAUGUAAAGUGUCUGCUGACAGGAAAAAUGUACCAAAAUUAAGACUAUCCAUAGAUAGUUGUUUUUUUCUAAAGAGUUGGCUACAAGCAAGAUUGUGCUGUCUUUCCAAUCCACUGUUGAACCUGCAGCGUUGACCCUCACUGAUUAUCCUGGUUAUAAUAGAGGGGCGGAGGGGCACUUUGUGUUUUUCUUUUCUUCCCCUGAGCCAGUCACCGGCCUUCAUCCACAUUGUUUCAAAAGGCUGACUCAUGCCACGUGUCUCUGGAGCCAACACUAUUAUCAGCUAUUUCUUGAUACUUAUUUGUUUAAAAAGUAAUAAAUGGCUAAUCUAUAUACUUAACAUUUAAUUGUUGGUAUGAUAUAUGUGGUUCACAUUGUAAAAGAAAUAAAACCAUUGAGUUGCAA